UUAUACAGCGAUCGUUUUCCUUGCCGUAAGAAGCCGUUGUUACCGGUUACCGUGCGCCCUUCUCUCUCUCUCUCUCUCUCUCUCUCUCUCUCUCUCUCUCUCUCUCUCUCCACCGCAUAGCGCAGGAUUUGGAUUUUCAUUGGAACACGAGCCUUUUAACUUUCUCAUGAUGGAGGAAUUGAAAGCGAUGGCAUAAAGGAAUUAUUCGAAGAUUCUGUUGGAAAACCUAGGGUUUCACAAUGGAUGGAGAUGAUAUGAGGUCUGGAACCAAGAGGAAGAGAUCCAAACCUGUGGAAUUUGGUUUUCAUUCAGAUGAUGAUGAACCCAUUGGGUCUAUGUUUAAGCUAAAGAGGUCAAAGAAGAAGGUUGUUUUGACAUCUGAGGGGUCUUGUGGUGAUGAUACUAUAAGGAAAAAAGAGGAUUUGGUGGGCAUGGAUGAUACCUUGGCUUGCUUUAGGAAGAGAUUGAAGGGUCCUAAGAGAGAUCAUGGAUCUGGAGCCACCCAAGGAAGAAAGGUUUCUGUUGAGGGUCAUGCUGUUUCUGAUGAUGAUUUGGUUGCUUGUGGAUCUCUGAGCACCUCAAAGGAUGAGAAAGAGAAGGAUUUGUUGCUUGGUGAUGGCAUGCAGCUGCAGCACUCUUCUGAUCAACAUAUGGAAGACUCCUUGUCCGCGAUUUUCGAUAAGGCACAAUCUAGUUCUAUUAGGAAAUCUCGUGCCUCUUCGUGUUCAAAGCAGAAAAGAGGGAGUCAGAAUGUGGAUGGUGGGUUGAGCCCUAGCUCCAAAAGUUUUCCGGAAAUUGUAGAUUCUGUGGUCGAAAGUAGAUCUAGAUCUGAUUCUGCCUCAAUAUUGGUUGGGAGAAAUCUGAAGUCUGCUGAUGGUUUUUCUCAAGCAUCUGAUCUGUGUCCAUUUUCUUCGGUAUCUGUAGUGGAUAAUCAAAAGUGUGGUGAUGACUGUUUUCAAGAGGAAACCACCGAGGGCAUUUGUGAUUCAAAAAUUCCAGAUGGACCAUUAGUUGAUCACUCUCGCUCAAUCAACUUCUGCGAUGGAGAUACGCAGCAAUUAUCUUGUGUACAAGUUGAAGAUAUUCGUUGUGCUUCUGACCAAAAGGUUGUAUUGCAAGAAAGAGUUCCCAAUGAUUGUUUAAAUCAGUGUACUGUAAUGUUACAUGAAGUGGGUAUAAUUGAUACUGGCUCUCUCUCAAAAGUGGGGGAAGGGGUAUUUGGAUUUACUGAGGCUGGAAAGUUCAAGAAGAGAUUGACUGAUGAACUAGCUCAAGUAUGUAAUGGUGCUUCAGAACAUGGGGUUUCUACUUCUACGGGGAAAGAAAUUUUCAUAACUUCUUGUCACAUUGAGCCCUUGAUUGAAUCGUCUGAAAAUAUAUUGAAUGAGAAUAAUUAUAUGGUUUCUGAAAAAGUCUUACAGGAAUCCUCAAGAAAUGGAGCCUUAGAGUUCUCUGGAUGCAAUGUGGAGGUGGAUGGAGGUGUAAAAUCAGAAACUGAGUUUGUUUCUGGUAGAAAUUGCUGUAAUUAUAGUAGUUUGGAUACAAAGGAUGAAGUGCAAGAUGUUGUUUUAGGCUGUUCACCUAAAAAAAAUGAUGUAAUUGGUGCUGGUAGUGUAUCUUCUAUGGUGUCUAAUGAAGCCAAUGAAUCUGAAUUAGCGGUCCAGUCAAAUCACCUGGAGAAACCUUUAGAAACUUGUAAUAUUCCAAAAGACUCUGCUGCUUCAAUUCUGAAAUGCAGCUCGGUGGUAGAUCCAAUUCAAUCUGAUGGAUCCUCUCUUCAAUCUUCAAUUCCAGAUGAAAAUGGGAACUGUGCAGAAUAUCAUGCCUCCGUGUCUGAUCUUGCUGAAAAUGAUGUUAAGAUAUCAGACAUUCCACGUGUGGUGCGAAUGGCCAAAAUGCGUAAGCAUGGAGACAUGACUUAUGAGGGGGAUGCUGAUUGGGAGACUCUAAUGAAUGAUCAAGCUCUAAAUGAAAAUCAAGUUGAUGUAGAUGGUGACUGUCCUCUUAGAAUGAAAGUGAAGCAGGAUUCCUCUUUGAAUGUUGUUCAAGACUCUGAAAAUGUUGCAAUAGUAGCAGUAUCAGCUGGACUGAAAGCCCAUGCAGCUAGUCCAAUUGAGAAAAUAAAAUUUAAGGAGAUCCUGAAGCGUAAAGGUGGUCUCAAGGAAUUUUUGGAUUGCAGAAAUCAGAUCUUAAGUCUUUGGAGCAGAGAUGUCACACGCAUUUUGCCUCUUGCUGAAUGUGGAGCUAGUGAUACUUGUUCUGAGGAUGAAAGUCCUCGUUCUUGUCUUAUUAGGGAGGUCUAUGCAUUUCUGGAUCAAUGUGGCUAUAUAAAUGUUGGAAUUGCCUCUCAGAAGGAGAAUGUUGGAAGUAGUGCAAGGCAUUGUUAUAAACUUGUAAAAGAAAAAGGUUUUGAGGAAUGUUCUACAGCUUCGAUGGCUGACUCUGAAGAUGGAGUUUCCUUUAUUGUUGGUCAGACUAAAGUGUCAGAUACUUCCAUGGAGAUUAACAAUGGUCUAACAAAGGAUAAUGAAGGCCUGACAUCUGAAGCUACAGAAGGCAUGAGGCAUGUUAAUGAAGCGAUGAUGGAUUUACCAAAUACGACACAACAUGAAGAAAGAAAAAAUUAUGAUUACCAGGAAAAUGGUGGGAUUCAGGAUGGACUUAGUGGAACUAUACAUGUCAAUAUUGACAAUUCUGUUCCUUCUUUGAAGUCUCCUAAUUGCAGAUUGACUUUUCUUGUAGCUACUGAGCAAAGCAAUGAAUCUACCUAUGUUAAAUCUGGCUUAGGUGAACCUCUGCAUUCUGAUCUAGAGGCUAGAAAGAGAGUGAUUGUCAUUGGAGCUGGUCCUGCUGGGCUAACUGCUGCUCGCCACUUGCAACGUCAGGGAUUUCCUGUAACUGUACUCGAGGCUAGGAGUAGGAUAGGAGGUCGUGUAUUUACAGAUCACUCAUCUCUUUCUGUCCCUGUAGAUCUUGGUGCUAGCAUUAUCACUGGUGUUGAGGCUGAUGUGGCCACCGAGAGAAGACCGGAUCCUUCCUCAUUGGUUUGUGCUCAGUUGGGCCUUGAGUUGACAGUGUUAAACAGUGAUUGCCCUCUCUAUGACAUAGUGACAGGACAAAAGGUUCCUGCAGAUAUGGAUGAAGCGUUAGAAGCUGAAUACAAUAGUCUUCUUGAUGACAUGGAAUUGCUUGUUGCUCAUAAAGGUGAACAGGCAAUGAGAAUGUCUCUUGAAGAUGGUUUAGAAUAUGCCCUUAAGAUUCGCCGUAUGGCACACUCUGGAAAUAGUGAAGAAACUGAGCAAAAGAAUUCUGCAGAUAGUCAAUUUGAUUGCAAAAAAGACAAUAAUGUGGAACAAAAAUUUGAUGAGGAUAUUUUGAGUCCUCUGGAGAGGAGGGUUAUGGAUUGGCAUUUUGCUCACUUAGAGUAUGGUUGUGCUGCUUUGCUUAAGGAAGUUUCUCUUCCCAACUGGAAUCAAGAUGAUGUGUAUGGAGGAUUUGGGGGAGCUCAUUGUAUGAUUAAAGGGGGUUACAGCACUGUUGUUGAGUCUCUGGGAGAAGGGCUUGCCAUUCACUUGAACCAUGUUGUAACAAAUGUGGCGUAUGGUAUCAAGGAACCUGGCCAGAGUAAUCAAGUCAAAGUUUCUACAUUGAAUGGCAAAGAGUUCUCUGGAGAUGCUGUCCUCGUUACUGUUCCACUUGGCUGUUUGAAGGCUGAAACUAUACAAUUCUCCCCCCCUUUGCCGCAGUGGAAAUAUUCUUCUGUUCAGCGUCUUGGUUUUGGAGUUCUCAAUAAAGUGAUUUUGGAAUUUCCUAGUGUGUUUUGGGAUGAAGCUGUGGACUACUUUGGGGCAACAGCUGAGGAGAGAAGCAGAAGAGGUCAAUGCUUUAUGUUCUGGAAUAUCAAGAAAACGGUUGGGGCUCCUGUCCUUAUAGCAUUAGUGGUUGGUAAGGCAGCCAUAGAUGGUCAAAGUUUGAACUCUUCUGAUCAUGUCAACCAUGCAUUGAAGGUUCUCCGUAAACUCUUUGGGGAUUCUUCAGUUCCUGAUCCUGUUGCAUAUGUUGUGACUGAUUGGGGUAGGGAUCCCUUUAGCUAUGGUGCUUACUCUUACGUUGCAGUUGGAGCAUCAGGAGAAGACUAUGAUAUAUUAGGGAGGCCAGUUGAUAACUGCUUGUUUUUUGCUGGUGAAGCAACCUGCAAAGAGCACCCUGAUACCGUUGGUGGUGCAAUGAUGAGUGGACUACGGGAAGCUGUUCGCAUAAUUGACAUUUUGAGCACUGGAAAUGAUCAUACUGCAGAGGUGGAGGCAUUGGAAGCUGCUAGGGGACAGUUAGAUACUGAAAGGGAUGAAGUUAGGGAUAUAACAAAGAGACUUAAUGCAGUGAAGUUUUCCAAUACUUUAUUCAAGAACUCUUUAGAUGGUGCUCAAAUCUUAACCCGAGAAAUUUUAUUGAGGGAAAUGUUCCAUAAUGCAAAAACCAAUGCUGGGCGCUUGCAUGUGGCAAAACAAUUAUUAAGUCUUCCUGUUGGAAACUUGAAGUCCUUUGCUGGAAGUAAAGAAGGGCUAGCCAUUCUCAACUCAUGGAUACUGGACUCAAUGGGGAAGGAUGGUACCCAACUCUUGAGGCACUGUUUGCGUCUUCUUGUGCGUGUUUCGACUGAUCUACUUGCUGUACGCUCAUCAGGAAUGGGGAAAACAGUGAAGGAAAAAGUUUGUGUGCAUACUAGCCGUGAUAUUCGUGCAAUAGCAAACCAGUUGGUUAAUGUAUGGCUUGAAGUUUUUCGCAAGGAAAAAGCUUCUAAUGGGGGAUUGAAGUUGACAAGAAAAACAACUGCUGUAGAUUUAUCAAAGAGAAAAUCUCUAAAAGAUUCAGCCUCAGGAAAGCCACCUCUGAGCACUCAUCAUGGUACCAUUGAGAAUAAAGGAGGCUUGCUGAAUCCUGCAUCUGCUGGAAGCAAUUCCCCUUCCAGUGCACAUGUGAAGAAAUUGCACAGCAAACAAGGAAGACAACAAGCAGCAUAUGACUCAAGGCAUGAGGUCAGUUCUUCCAGGUGCCAAGGUUCAAUAUGCAAAGGAGUUAAUGAGGAGGAGGAUAACUACUGUGCUAUGUCUGAAGAAGAACAAGCUGCUAUAGCUGCUGCAGAAGCUGCCCGUGCUAAAGCACUUGCUGCCAGUCUGGCAUAUGCCUCUGCUGAAGCCAGGUGCAAACUGUUACAGCUUCCAAAGAUACCCUCAUUCCACAAAUUUGCUAGACGGGAGCAGUAUUCACAAAAUGACGAGUGUGAUAGUAGAAAAAAGUGGUCUGGUGGUGUUUUUGGAAGGCAAGAUUGUAUUUCGGAGAUUGAUUCCAGGAAUUGCAGAGUUAGAGACUGGUCUGUUGAUUUCUCCACUGCUUGUGUUAACCUUGAUAAUUCCAGAAUGCCAGUUGAUAACCUCUCACAGAGGAGUCAUUCAAAUGAGAUUGCCAGCCAUUUGAAUUUCAGAGAGAACUCAGGGGAAAGUGUUGCUGUGGACAGCAGUAUGUAUACAAAAGCUUGGAUUGACACAGAUGGUUGUGCGGGAAUAAAAGACUAUCAUGCCAUAGAGAGAUGGCAAUCUCAAGCAGCUGCAGCUGAUUCUUUUUUUUCUAAUACAACCUUACAUUUGAAGGAUGAGGAAGAUUCAAAUGCCUGUUCAAGGUUACCCAGCUGGAAGCGUGAUGGUAUGGCCAAUGAGAGCUCUGUUUCACAGGUUACUGUAAAUAAGGACACCUUAAAAAGUCAUUCCCGAGGAGCAGAUCAUAUUAAACAUGCUGUUAUCGACUAUGUUGCAUCACUACUUAUGCCCCUUUAUAAGGCAAGGAAACUAGACAAGGAUGGAUACAAGGCUAUAAUGAAGAAAAGUGCGACAAAGGUCAUGGAGCAAGCCACGGAUGCAGAAAAAGCCAUGACUGUUCGUGAGUUUCUAGAUUUUAAGCGAAAGAACAAGAUACGCACCUUUGUGGAUGUAUUGAUUGAGAGACACAUGACAAUGAAACCGGAUAUGAAAUCUUAAUGUUCGUUGGAUGGAAUAGCCUCUACAUUGUUGUUGUACUUCUGUGUAAGGGUUGCCGAAGUCUGGUUGUUCUUAAAUUCUCACAGUUUUGGUGGCCAUGGGUAUGUUCUCAGAUGAUCAGUUGAGCACCUCAAUCUGCCAAUGUAAGUGAUUCAGAAGGUGCAAGUAAAGAAACAUAAAACUUGAUCGAUCCAAAUCAAGUGGGCUCUAUGGAGAUUCCUCCUGCUGGCAACCUUGAACACAGUACUAAAUGCUAAUGGUGGAUUACCAGUAAGCAGGUUCAGUGCAAUUUUGAGUUGGUUCUUCCAGGUGAUGGGCAUCGGCAGGUUUGGAGAUGACAACAGAUUUCAUUCAUCUGUGGUUUAAUAUUUCCUUUCAUCGAGGAUUAUACCUCCGAAGGUUGAAAACUUAGACCCCAUUUUUAUUAAAGGGGUUUCUAAUGGCAAGACAUUAAUUGACCCUAUCGAUUUCUUCUAUUUGUACAGCUUAGGAUUGUUCUAGUGAUGACAAGAAUACAUAUCCAUUUUCUACAUUUUUCUUGUUUGACAUAAAUUACUAACUUUUUUUUUUCAUUCUCCAAAUUGGGGAAAGAAUUAUACCAACUUUUGUAAGAUACUUGG